UGAGACCGACGGCCUGCUGUGUUCAGAUCUGGAUGUGAACAGACCCAACCCACCGCCAAAGAGAGGAUUCUUCUACAGGCUGUUCAGACGAGAGGUCUGUUUAAAGAGUGGCUACGAAGACGAAGAGCACGAGGAGCCUUCCCGACUUUAAACCACUCCUGCUCUCCCUCUCCCUCUUCUUCUUCUCCUCCUUCCUUCCUUCUUCAAAACGCCUCCCGGAGCGUAAAAUGUUAGGAACCUCGAUGAAUGUUAAACCUGUAUUUAUGAUAUGUAUUAAAAGUGUAUUAUAAUAAUUAAAGAAAAACAUAUGAGUUUAAAGAUUUUGUACAUUUGUACUUGAAUUGUGUCCUAGAUGUAUAUUUUCACUAAAGGUUGUAUUGUAUAAAAGCCAUAUUAAGUACCACUUGAAUGCAUAGAUACAUUUUGUCAACGUUUUUUUGUUGUUGUUGUUUACGUUUUUUUGU